AAUGGUUUGUUUAAUGAUUAAUAAUUCCAUAAAAGUCGCUUAAAAUCGCGUUGAAAUCGGCGGAAACGAAAUGAGACUGAUCCAGUUGGGUGCAAUAAAAUCUUUGCAGCAGAAAAUACUUGCUGGUGGCGGUGAAAAAUGGCUUCGGCGGAUGUGUUCAACAACUGCCGGUUGCAAUCUACUGGAGACACGAGAGUUAACAUCGGAUAUGAAGCUGGAAAUUGAGCAAAAAUGGCGCAACAAUUUGGGAGAUUACAGAUUCGAUCCUUCGAGCAGCAAACCAAAACGGUACGUUCUUGCAAUGUUCCCGUAUCCGUCGGGAAACUUGCACAUGGGUCACGUUCGAGUGUACACGAUCAGCGAUGCAAUGGCACGGUUUUAUCGAUUGAACGGUGCCAACGUGCUGCAUCCGAUGGGAUGGGACGCGUUCGGGUUACCAGCAGAAAAUGCUGCUAUGCAGCGGAAGAUUCCAGCGGACAAAUGGACGCAGCAGAAUAUUGGCCAGAUGAGGGAACAGCUGGAAAUGUUGCAGUUUAGUUUCGACUGGGAACGAGAGUUUGCCACGUGCGAUCCGGAGUAUUACCGGUGGACGCAGAAGCUGUUUCUGAUGUUGUUCAAAGACGGGUUGGCUUAUCAAAAGGAAGCACAGGUCAAUUGGGACCCGGUUGAUGAAACGGUGCUGGCCGAUGAACAGGUGGACGAUAAUGGGUGCUCGUGGCGGUCUGGAGCGAAAGUGGAAAAGAAGGUGCUGAGGCAGUGGUUCGUUAAAACGACCAAGUUCGCUAAAGCCCUGUAUGAUGGUUUGGCUGAUCCGACACUGGAGGAUUGGAAGGAUAUCAUCAAGCUGCAGAAGCAUUGGAUUGGUGAGUGUGAUGGAUUCAAUUUUGAGCUAAAAGUCGCAGGAGAGAAUAGGACGGUUCCUAUUUGGACCAAGCAUCCGGAACAUCUGAAGGAAGCGGUUUUUGUAGCUGUGCAACCUUCGAAUCUUCUGAACAGUAGCAAAGUUAAUGAAGGCAAGCUUGGUCUAGAGAUAGAGAAUCCCAUAAUGGGGCGGAAUCUGCCGGUAAUCGUGACUGAGAAAGUAAAUUUCCCCGAAGGAAACGAUUGCUAUUUGGGAGUGGCUUCUGUCGAAGAAGAUCGCGUACUUGCAAAUCAAUACCAAAUCCCAUUAGGUGAUUCAUCGCAAGAAACAACCGACGAACUGCGUGAAAAUGUUCUGAAUCAAGCUUCUAAAUUGAACCUAGGUGGAUACCCUGUAAGUUCAAAGCUGCGAGAUUGGUUGAUUUCCCGGCAAAGAUUCUGGGGAACGCCCAUUCCUAUUAUUCAUUGUCAAAAUUGUGGAACGGUUCCAGUUUCUGAUUCUGAUCUACCUGUCAAGCUGCCUCUGGACUCGGUAGGCAUUCCUUUGUCACAAAACACGGAAUGGCACAAAACAACGUGUCCAAAGUGCUAUUCGUCGGACGCAAGACGGGAAACGGAUACAAUGGACACGUUUGUCGAUAGUUCGUGGUACUUUUUGCGCUUCCUCGAUUCGAAGAAUCAAUCCGAGAUUGUGAAUCCGAAACUGUCUCGCCGGCUGAUGCCGGUGGAUCUGUACGUGGGUGGCAAGGAGCAUGCCGUCUUGCACAUGUACUACGCUCGUUUCAUGAACCACUAUCUGCACAGCAAGGGGCUGGUAUCUUCACCGGAACCCUUCAAACGUCUACUGGUUCAAGGAAUGGUCAUGGGUCGUUCCUAUCGCCUCAAAGGCAGUGGCAAAUAUCUACCUGCCUCAGAGGUCGAAGUUGUUGAUGAAAAGAAAAAUAAAGCAAUCGAAAAGGCGACCGGAGCUCCGGUAGUGGCCCUGUGGGAGAAGAUGUCCAAAUCCAAGCUGAACGGAGUGGAUCCGUUGGAUGUGUUAAAGCAACAUGGUUGUGAUACCUUGCGACUUAUAUUGCUCGGAGACGUGGCACCCACCUCGCACCGGAAUUGGUCCGAAGCAACAUUCCCCGGCAUUCUCAACUGGCAGAAGCGCAUUUGGAUGACCGUGCAUGAUUAUCGGUUAUUGCGGAUGGCCAUCCAACCGGGUCAAACCGCACCGGACACGGAAGAAUUCCGGCAGCAGGACCGCAAGCUGUGGGACGCGCGGAAUUACUUUUCCGCUGGCGCUACAUUCAACUAUAAGUUUUCCCACCAACUGAGUGUGGGAAUUUCCAAACAGCAAGGCUUGACGAAUGCCAUCCGCCGAUCCAGUCCUGAGGUGGUUACAUUCGGCCGGCAGUAUGAGCGAGCGAUUGCAGCGCAGAUUAUUAUGCUGGCACCGAUGGCGCCGCACUUCGCUUCGGAACUUUGGGAGCAGUUUCGUGCACUGCCGCACCGGCUGAAUCCCAGCUCCGAAGAGAUCCAAUGGGAUCGGGGAGUGUUUGAGCAGCGAUGGCCCACGGCGGAUGAGGAUUAUGCGCUGGAUUUGACAUUUAAGGUCAACGGUUUCGAGUGUUGCAUUCUCAAGGUUCCAACCAGGGAUCUGAAUCAAUUGACGCAUCAGCAGUCGUUGGAUCUUGCCUUCCAGCAGGAGGCAGUGCUGAGCUACAUAGGUCAGCGAAAGGUUCGAGGUACCGAUUUUGUGCUCUAUCCCGGUUGUGAUGCCAUUUUGAGCAUCACUUUGGAGCAGCUGUCCAAAGAGGGCAAGGAACAGCUGAAGCAGCAGCAGCAGCAACAGCAGCAAGGUGAUGUGAAAGUGAAAUCCAAGAAGGAUAAGAAGAAAAAGAAGAAACAAAAGGAAGUGGUUGAGCAGUGAUAAUGGGUUUUGUUGUUGAAUUGAAAAUUGAAAGCUUGACGAGUUGCA